GCGGGGAAGGGAAGCUGGGCCGAGGCUCCGGCUUCCGUGCUCCCUCCCCCAGAGCCUGCUUCCCUGCCUCCUGCGGCCGCGGGGUCUCGGGGAGGCGACGGGGAAACAGCUGAGCCGCCUCCACCGGGCAGGUCCUGGGAAAGCAGAAGGGGGCCCUGCCCUGACAGUCCCGUAGCCGGGAUCCGGGAAGAGAAACCCGGGGAGGGGGGUGCAGGAGGAGAAGCCUGGCGGUGGUCUGACUUGCGCUUGGAAGGGCCGCCAGCGGGGUCCUUGGACCGGUGGGGGACGGAGGGCCACCGCGUGGACUCCGAGCCUUGAAGAUUUGGCCCCUUGCCCUGCCGCGAGGCUGCGGGUUUUCGCCGUGCGCCCGCCCUGCCCCGCCCCACACUCAGGAGGAGGGCCGCCAGCGCGCACCCAGGCCACUACAGGACCCUGCCCGGGACCCCAAGAGAAACCACAGCCAUCCGGAGUCCGGACCUCCGCCGCUUUCCCACGCCCUCGACCCUCCCGGGACCCCCAGCCCCAGCCAGGACCCAGACCCGUCGUGCACACCCAGAUCUCUGAACCCUCCACCUACGCCGCCGUUCGCCCUCCCCACCCAUCUAGUCACCAAGACCCGUUUUUCCGCCGGUUCCGUUGCCUCGCGCCAGGCCCCCCCCAUCCUUCGGUCCCCAGGGCGACUCCGCCAGCCCCCUUCGACCCCGCGGCUGCCCAUCCUGCAGCAGGCCAUGCUACGGCACCCGCUCCGACCCCAGCUCCGGCUGCUGGCGCUGCUGGUCCGGCUUCUGCCGCUGCUCGCGCGCGGCCCGGAACCUGCUGCACAGGACCUGAGCCUAGGAGUGGACUGGCUGACCCGCUAUGGCUACCUGCCGCCGCCCCAUCCUGCCCAGGCCCAGCUUCAGAGCCCUGCGCAGCUGCGGGAUGCAAUCAAGGUCCUGCAGCGCUUUGCUGGAUUGCCUGAGACCGGCCUCAUGGACGCAGCAACAAUGGCCACCAUGCACAAACCCCGUUGCUCCUUGCCCGAUGUGCUGGGGGUGGCAGGGCUGGUCAGGCGCCGCCGCUAUGCUCUGAGUGGCAGCAUGUGGAAGAAGAGGAUCCUGACAUGGAGGGUGCGUUCCUUCCCCCAGAGCGCCCAGCUGAGCCAGGACCUCGUGCGAACCCUUAUGCAGUAUGCUCUGGAUGCCUGGGGCAAGGAGUCAGGCCUCAGAUUCCAGGAGGUGGGGUCUCAGAACCCUGAGCCUGACAUUCUUAUUGACUUUGCCCGGGCCUACCACCAGGACAGUUACCCCUUUGACGGGCUGGGGGGCACCCUGGCCCAUGCCUUCUUCCCCGGGGAGCAUCCCAUCUCUGGGGACACGCACUUCGACAAUGAGGAGGCCUGGACUUUUGGCUCAGAAGAUGGCGAGGGAACAGACCUCUUUGCUGUGGCUGUUCAUGAGUUUGGCCACUCCCUAGGCCUGGCCCACUCCUCAGCACCCGACUCCAUCAUGAGACCCUUCUACCAGGGCCCAGUGGGCGACCCCAGCAAGUACCGCUUGUCCCAGGAUGACCGAGAUGGUCUGCAGCAGCUCUACGGGAAAGGGCCCCAAACCCCACAUGAGGAGCCCACGAGGAAGCCCCUGGCUCCUCCUCCCCAGCCUCCGGCACUGCCCCCGGACAGCCCCUCAUCCCCUUUCCCUGACCGAUGUGAGGGCAAUUUUGACGCCAUUGCCAACAUCCGAGGCGAAACCUUCUUCUUCAAAGGCCCCUGGUUCUGGCGCCUCCAGCCCUCAGGACAACUGGUAUCCCCCCGGCCUGCCCGGCUGCACCGCUUCUGGGAGGGGCUGCCUACCCAGGUGAGGGUCAUCCAGGCUGCCUACGCCCGGCACCGAGAUGGCCGCAUCGUCCUCUUCAGCGGCCCCCAAUUCUGGGUGUUCAAGGACCGGCAGCUGGAGGGCGCCGCCAGGCCUCUGACGGAGCUAGGGCUGCCUCCAGGCGAGCAGGUGGACGCCGUGUUCUCCUGGCCACUGAACGGGAAGACCUACCUGGUCCGCAGCCAGCAGUACUGGAGGUACGACGAGGCGGCUGGCAGCCCAGACCCAGGCUACCCACGCGCCCUAAGUCUCUGGGAAGGGGCACCUUCCGCUCCAGAUGACGUCACCGUCAGCAACACAGGUGACACCUACUUCUUCAAGAGCGCCUACUACUGGCGCUUUGCCAAGGGCAGCGUCGUGGCCGAUCCUGAUUCUCCCCAACCCAUGGGGCCCAAGUGGCUGGACUGCCCCGCCCCCAGCGGUGACCCCCCUAAAGCGCACCCCAAGCCUGGAGCCUGCAAUUGCCAGUGGGCCAAUCCUCUUCAUAAAUUCUCUACAGAGCCAGCUGAUGGCAUUGGUUGACCAUGGGUGCAGUCCAUCAGAGUGGCCACUUCAGCCUCAGCAGCAGCCCCAUGCUGCUUCCUGGAGCUGAGGCUGUGGGCGGCAGUCCCAGUGAGCAGAAGUGCCCACAGUCGAUGGUGGUGACCAGGUCAAGGACAAAAGCCAGGCAUCUUCCACCAGGCCAUGGCCUGAAAAUUCUAAGCACCUAUAAAACCACCUGACCUCUGACAGGCAUCUGUCCAAGUAUGAGGAGGAUAAAACUUGUAUUUUACAAGCACAUCAGCCUAUUGAGGGGGCAGUAAAAAUACUCAGAGCAAAAGCCUUCAUUUCUCCUGAGCAUCAUUGGAGCUGGGCUGGGGGUCAAGUUUCGUGGCAGAACUGGACAGGCCUGAAUUGCUCUGCAGAAGUUGGAACCCAGGACUUAUGGGGAACAGCAGGUGAGGGAGUACAGGAGAAUGGAUGUGACAAAAAAGCAGAGAGAGGAACUCAAGAGCUGGUUGUGGGGCCAUAGAGGAGGGUGUCCAAUGUGAAAUUUGAGAUUGCUUUUAUUGCUACGUGUAACCUUCUUCUGCAGCCUUUAAGAAUGUAUUAAGUCUGCUACACAAAACUGCUGUGUCAAAUUAGUUAUUUUAUUUUAAAUAUGGUACAGUCCCAUCAUCAAAAUAAAAAACUUUUGUGCUUCAAAGGAGACCAUCAAGAAAGUGAAGACAAACCACAUAAUAGAAAAAUUUUUUUUGCAAAUUAUGUAUCUAUAAGAGACUUGUAUCCAGAAUACAUAAAGAGCUCCUACAACUCAAUAAUAAAAAAUAACCCAAUUUAAAGACUGGAUCUGAAUAGACAUUUCUCCAAAAAAGAUAAAUAAAUAUCUAAUAAGCACAUGAAAAAAUUUGCAACAUUAUUAGCCAACCAUCAAGGAAAUGCAAAUCAAGACCACAAUGAAAUACUGCUUAACACCCAUAAUCAGUUGACUCAUGAGGACCCCAUGUGUUCAGAGUAGAACUGCACUCCACAGGGUUUUUUAGGCUGAGACCUUUUGGAAGCAGAUCUCCAGGCCUUUCUUCUGAGAAGCACCUAGGUGGGUUCAAACUGCCAACUAGACUGAGUCUUUAAAAAGGACAAGAAGAAGCAUUGGUGAGGAUGUGGAGAACUUGGAACCCUUAUACACUGCUGGUGGGAAUGUAAAUUGGUGCAACAACUUUGGAAAACAAUCUGGCAGUUCCUCAAAAGGCUAAACAUAGGGUUCCUGUAUGACUCAGCAAUUUCACUCCUAGGCACAUAGCCAAGAGAAAUGAAAACAUACAUCCACACAAAAACUUGUACAGGAAAACAAAAUAGAAGAGUAGCUGCUGAGGCUGCCUAUGUGCAACCAAACACCUCAGGGGAUAUGGCUCCUUGGUUUGGAGGUUUAGGGUUGUGGUUUCAUGGGUCAUGCCAGUUAAUUGACCUAAUACUGUUUUUAGUGCUUCUGUUCUACCACCUCCUAGUCCUUGGCAUAGUGACUAGCAAGUGGGCAUCUAAGGUACAACAAUUGGUCUCUAUUUGCCUGGAGCAACAGAGGAAGAAGGAGAGCCAGGAAUAGGAGUAAGAAUGGACUAUGAGGCUAACUGCCUCCAUGACAACUGCCUCCUCUGCCAUCAGAGCAGAAGAACUGGAUGGUGCCGGACUACCAUUACUGAACGUUUAGAUCAAAGAUUCUACAGAAGAAUCCUGAUCAAAAAAAAGGGGCGGGGGGUAGUGGGAUUCAUAUCAGGUAUGCAAGGAUGGUUCAACAUUAGAAAAAUCAAUGAGUGUAAUCCACCACAUAAACAGAACAAAGCAAAAGAAUCCCAUGAUCAUCUCAAUCAAUGCAGAAAAGGCAUUUGUUAAAGUCCAACACCUAUUUCUGUUAAAAACUCUCAAUAAAAUAGGAAUAGAAGCGAAAGUCUUCAAUGUAAUUAAAGGCAUCUGUACAAAGCCAGGAAACCCUGGUGGUGUAGUGGUUAAGUGCUAUGGCUGUGAACCAAAGGGUCGGCAGUUCAAAUCUACCAGGCGCUCCUUGGAAACUCUAUGGGGCGGUUCUGCUCUGUCCUUUAGGAUCGCUAUGAGUUGGAAUUGACUCGACGGCACUGGGUUUAUACAAAACCAAGGAAACCCUGGUGGCGUGGUGGUUAAGUGCUACGGCUGCUAACCAAGAGGUCGGCAGUUCGAAUCCACCAGGUGCUCCUUGGAAACUCUAUGGGGCAUUUCUACUCUGUCCUAUAGGGUCACUAUAGUCGGAAUCGACUUGACGGCAGUGGGUUUGUUUUUUUUUUCACAAAACCAACAGGGAACAUCAUUCUCAAUGGAGAGAGGCUGAAAGCAUUCCCUCUGAGAAUGAUAACAAAACAAAGAUGGCCUUUAUCACCGUUCCUAUUGAAUCCACUUUCAUUCUCCAAGAUGCGUCUGUUUUUAGCAUAGGCCAAAUAGGCGAGUUGAAUGGAAAUGUGGCGGGAAUCACCACCCCUGCAUCCUUCAAGUCCUUGAUGGUGGCAGUAAUCUCGGCAAUUCCUCCAGGAAUGUCGUAUUGUCUUUGGUUUACUGUUUUCCCAGGUAGAAGCAGUUCUAAUAGGUUCCACUUGGCUUUUCCUACCAUAAUAGUCGUCACUCCAUUUGUUAGGGAUCCAGUAUCGGAGUUCUGCCAGUUGCUGAGUAUAUCUGUUCCAAUUAUGCAUUCCUGAACUGGGAAAAUCACUACAGGAUGGGUUGGAGGACCCAUUGCACCUACUACAAGAUGGACAUGAGCUAAGACUCCACUAAUAACCUGACCUCCAUAUGCCCCCACUGACUGGUGGGCCAAAGUGAUUUUUUGGGUCUCCUGGAAUUACUGUCAGUUUAGAGCCAGUACCCAAUAAUCCCUGAAAAGUCUGAUUAUUUCCUUUCCCCCAAUGAACAGUCGCUCUCAUAAAAGGCCGUAGGUCCCUUUGGGGAUGGCUGGAAGAAAGAUUAACAGUAUAAAUUCCUCAAGGGAAAUAAGCUUCCCUUCAUCCAAGGGAUUGCGGGUCUUUAAACUCGCUAAAGUCUGGGAAUUAAUCGAAGGGCCAUGACUCUCUAUUCUGGCUAUUCAAGUUAGGCUGCUAUUCACUUGACCUAGAAUUCUUCUGCUUAUACAGAUCAAGUAAAUAUUUAGUAGAUUUCCUAUCUAUUUCACUCCUAGGGACACCAUGACUGAGUAGCCAAAGUACAUAUGAAUCAGACUAUUCUGAUUACUGGUUUGAUUCCACUGUCCAUUACGGUAACCUUGCCCACCUUGUCUUUGUGGAUUGAGUGCUGACAUUUGGCCCCUACAACCAUGGGGUCUAAUCAGCCCCAUUGUAAUUAUGUGUCUUAAUUCAGUUAGGGCUGUUCUCACUGUCAAACCUGACUUACAUAAAAUAGCAAUCACAGCAGUCUUCAAGGAUGCUGGGCCUCCCUUCAAAAAUGUGUUCCUCACAGUUGUGGUAAAAGGUAUGCCUUCUGGGCGCUCCUUAUGUGGAUCUGUGAUAAAUCCAUUCUAACUUGCCAAUUUCUCUAAGCAUUUGGAUACUUUCUCUCAUGGAUGUAAUUGUGUCCCCCCACAAUAUGUGUUAAUUGUGUUAAAUGUGUUAAUUUGGUUAGGCCAUGGUUCCCAAUAUUGUGUGGUUGUCCUCCAUUUUGUGAUUGAUGUAAUUUUCCUAUUUGUUGUAAAGCCUAAUGUCUGCCUGUGGGUAAUGAGGCAAGAUCAGAUUAUGUUAAAGAUGAUUAGGGUGGGAUGUAACACCCUUACUCAGGUCACAUCCCUGAUGCAAUGUAAAGGGAGUUUCCCUGGGGUGUGGCCUGCAUCACCUUUUAUCUUACAAGAGGUAAAAGGAAAGAGAAUGGAGCAGAGAGUUGGAGACUUCGCAUCAGUAAGAAAGCAACCCCAGGAACAUAGUGCAUCCUUUGGACCCAUGGUUCCUGCAUGGAGAAGCUCCUAGACCAAGGGAAGAUUGAUGACAAGGACCUCUCUACACAGUCACAGAGAGAGAAAGCCUUCCCUUGGAGCUGGUGCCCUGAAUUCAGACUUCUAGCUUACUAGACUCUGAGAGAGUAAACUUCUGUUUGUUAAAGUAAUCCACUUGUGGUAUUUCUGUUAUAGCAGCACUAGGUAACCAAGACACCUUCUUCUAUAGCAUACUAAGGCAGGUCUGGUACUUCUACUUGAUUUAGUGUAGGCCAGCUAGCAAUCCAUGCUUCAGCAACCCAACCAAAUAAACCAUUAGAUCCUUUCCGAACCUCUGGGCUGAAACAUGAAUAAAGAAUCUGUGCAUUAAACCUAUUGCUGUUGAGUCAAUGCUGACUCACAGUGAUCCCAUAGGACAGAGUAGAGCUGCCCCAUAGGGUUUCCAAGGAGCACCUGGUGGAUUCAAACUGCCACCCUUUUGGUUAGUAGCCACAGCUCUUAACCACUACAUCACCAGUGUUUCCAACC